UUGACCUAUACGCUUCAUACCCAUCUUUGUAAUAUCUUGCCUAUCAUAACAGCACAAAAUGACAGACCUCCUUGGCAACUCAAAUGAUGACAUUGACUUCGAUGCCGCCGCCUCUGCAUUCCCCGACAUCUCGCUGGACGGUGAGGGUGACAUUCCCGCGCUCCCUGCUACCACUGGUGUUGGUGCCGCGGCGCCUGAAGGAUUCGAUGACUUUGAGUUUGGCGGGGGAGAUAUCGGCAGAGAAGUGAAGGUUACAGGAGACAGCGACGAUGAGAUUGAGAAGUUUGAGGAUCAGUUUCCGGAUAUUGGGCCUGUCGAGGAGCCUCCGGUGCAGCAGCCUCUGUUUGGUGUUGCGAGCCCAAAUACGCCGUUCGCGCCUCGCCCACAACAGUCCGCUCUUGCGUCGACACCUGUGCUGAACGCUCAGAUCAACGAGGAGGAAUCUCAGGCUAUUCGUGACUGGCGCGAGAGACAAGCCGAGGAGAUCAAGAAGAGAGACGAAGAGUCGAAGGCUAAGCGCCAGGAGACGAUCGCGAAAGCUGAGCGUGCGAUCGACUCUAUCUACGAGGACUACAAUCGGAAGAAGGAACGGAACAUCAAGGAGAACAAGGAGUCAGAAGCAGAGUAUGUCUCUUCACUCACCGACGCUCUUUCGAAGGGCACGACCUGGGACCGUAUUUGUGAGCUCGUUGAGCUCCAGAACUCGCAGUCCAAGACCCUUGCCCGGGCUGGACCUGGCACGACGGAGUUGGCUCGGUACAAGGAGGUCCUGUUAAGGUUGAGGAGGGAGGGCACGAGUGCCCCCGGUGCCGCGGGGUACUAGAUCAUGGAUCAUGUUCGGUUCGAUCACUAUAUCCGGCGAGAGAAUUGGCUAGGGCUCUGAGCAGCCUAUACCUGGUUUCUAUGGACGUACGAGUGGGGCUUUGAAAGUUACUAUACGAGGACGGAUACUAUGAUCAUAUUCCUAAUCUUUGGCUCAAAUUUGGAUCGCCGUCGUUGC